GCCUUCGUUUUAUUUAUUUAUUGAAGGAGUUUCAAAGUUUUGACACUGAAUAUCUUCCCGUCGUCUUUCUCAAGACGGGAGCUGCCAACAAAAUAGGAAAGAAUUGUCGGCAGAAUCGAACUCCGUCCUUUCAUUUUUCUGGUAAACGAUGUCGCUAUCGGACAUUGCCGUCAACAUCUUGGAGAGCUCGAAGGUACUUGAUCGUCUAAGGAAAGAGCAAGAGCAAGUGCUCGUGCAGAUCAACAGGAUGCACAAGAAGCUUAAAGCUACUCCUGAGAUGGUUGAGAAGCCAGGGGAUACCUCAUUAUCAGAGCUAAAGACAUUGUACAUUCGAGCAAAAGAGCUAUCAGAGAAUGAAGAAAAUAUUUCCACAUCAUUGUCAGACAAACUUGAUGCUCUUCUGUCCUCUGAAUCAUCAGGACAACCACGAAAGAGAAUAGAGGGUAAUGAGCUGAAAAAGAAACGAAUGAAAACACACUCAGAUAUCUCAAGAUUAUCUCUUAGUAGGCGGCUUGAGAUUUCUCUUAGUCUUAAGGGUGAACAGGUAGCAGCUAGGGUCACACCGCAUAAUUCUGAUAAGGACGAAUGGUUUGUUGUAAAAGUGAUUCAUUUCAAUAAGGAAACAAGAGAAUUUGAAGUACUAGAUGAGGAACCUGGUGAUGAUGAAGAGGGUAUUGGCCAAAGACGAUACAAACUUCCAAUGUCGAGUAUCAUUCCUUUCCCCAGGAGGAAUGAUGCUUCUAGUGCCCCAGAUUUCCCUCAUGGGACGCAUGUUUUGGCAGUCUAUCCUGGCACUACCGCCCUUUAUAAAGCCACAGUGGUCAAUGGCCAUCGGAAGAGGAAGACAGAUGAUUAUUUGCUGGAAUUCGAUGACGACGAAGAAGAUGGAGCUUUACCGCAAAGAACAGUGCCCUUCCACAAAGUGGUUCCUUUGCCACAAGGACAUCGUCAAUGAAACAAAAUACUUGUAGCUGUGUAUAGAAGAAAGGGAUGUGGCCAAUAUAUUGCAUUAAGAGCUUGAUGCCUGUCCAAAUUCAUAUCACAGAUUCUCCCACGUGUAGAGUUCCUCGAAUUUGUUCCUUACAUCCAGGGUGACAGGGAGCAAAUCUACGCAUAAAGUACCCGAUAGCCGGUAAUAAAAUAGGAAUAAGGUAUCGAUACACCGCACGCAUGUGAAGGGAACAAUGGUUUCUAUUCUGAGAUGAAAUAUUAUAUAUAUAUUGUUUGUGUAUAAGGAAAAACGUCCUUUUAAUUGAUGAAUCGGAGGGGCUGUAAGAUCACUAUUUUACAAGUGAAUCCUGAUUUAAUUCAAUCAAUCGUAUACUGAGAGUAUUUUAAGGCACAUGUGCAAAAAUGGAAGUAGUGAAAAGAGAGAGAGGAGGACCUCAGAUAUGUCAUAUGACGAUUUAUCUUGGAUGCAUAAUGCAAUCCACAUUUUCAUUUUUGUUUCGUUUACUGAAUAUUUCAUUCACUUUGGA